CGUCAAACUUCGUGUGGUUUGUGUGGUUCAAAACUUCAAAAGCUAAAUUUUUGAACCGUUCAGUGGUCUUGUACGAUGAGAAAUUUUCAAAAAAAUCUAAAUAAUCUUCUCAAAUAUUUAAUCUGCUUAUUUAUUACAUAAAGUUGAAAUCCAGCUUUCGAAACUAUUGGUCUCAAGCUAAGCGGUGUUUAUGGUUCGUGGAUAUUUAUACCGAUUUACUGUUAUCACUCGUACAUCAUCAUGGCAAGUAAUGAAUUCUGCGAUUGUGUGAUUUCCGUGUUCGGUAACUGGUCUGCUUUACAACUGGCAGUUGAUCAUGGCAUGGGAGGUUCUCCUCAAGAAACUCACAAGAAGGUUUCCGACAUGGCUAACAGUAUCGCAACGUUGUGUUUUUCCAAAAAUGUUACCGAUGGAGUAGAUAUAGCGUCAGAACUAGAAGAUCUGAUGGAUGAUAAUUUUGAUACCCUUUUAGAAGAUGGAUCAGCCGACGAAGUUGGACAGUUAUUAUGGGAUUUAUCUAGACAAUGGUUAUCAGGCGAUAAAGACGGAGUUAAUAGCUAUAUUGCUAGUUUAAAGAAAGACGUCCUUAAAAAUCACGUGAAAAGCGAAGUAAAUCCAGAAGUCACCGAGGAAAUGGAUGUGGUUGAAGAUGCAGGGAGUAGUUCUAAUGUUCCUUCGAAUCAACCAGAUCCAGAUGGUUGGGUUGUUGUUAAAAAAACAAGAGGCCAGCGUCAUUAGUUUACGUCUCGGAAGACAUCAUGUUCUUCAAAUUACUUAUAAAGUGUAUUUAUAACCCUUAAGUAUGAGUAAUUUUGUCCAUCCUUGAAAGACACACAAAGAAAAGAUCAUACAAUU